GGGUAUCCCAGUGUCCUCACUGAUUGUGAGGGUAUACCAGUGUCCUCACUGAUUGUGAUUGAAAAGUCAGCUUCAACACCGCGCCCACUUGUUUCAGACGCAGCACUUCGAGAGAAAGAUAACGGGACAAGCAGCCGACAACCAAGGAACACAAGAAGACACAAUAAAAGAGGACAUCAAUUGUACACACCACUACUGUAAAUCACAGCUGACAUUAAUUGUCCUAUAAAUCUUCCAUUUGUGAAUCGGAAAUCCUUUCCAUCAUGCCGGUGGUGUUACGUUCUUCGCCACUCCUGUGGGCCCGUGUAGCUGCCAUGGUUUUCGCCUGUGUGGCAUUCAGCGUUGCUCUGUACGGAGCAGCUCUAACCCAUGGCACAGGUGACUGGUGCAUCUUCUGUUGGAGUUUCAGUUUUGUUGGAACUCUUUUGAUAGUCUUAGUGGAAAUGUUUGGCCUGCAGACCCGGGCCCCUGUCUCCUGGAAGAACUUUCCCAUCACGUUUGCCUGCUACGCCUCCCUCCUCUGCCUCUCUGCCUCCAUUAUAUUCCCCCUGUAUUUCCUUAAAGGCUACGCAGGUCGUAACGAAAUUUCCAACUGCCGUAUUGUGUCUACUGUCUUUUCGUGCCUGGCCACCAUCGCAUACUUGAGUGAAGUGAGUCUCAGUAAGGCUCGUCCAGGGGAAGUGGUCGGCUACAUGGCCACAGCACCGGGGCUUCUAAAGGUGUGCGAGACCUUUGUUGCCUGCAUAAUAUUUGUCUUCAUCAGUGAGCCGGUUUCGUACAACCAGAAUGGGGCGACCAAGUGGUGCCUGGCUGUCUACUGCAUAUGCUUCAUCUUGUCAGCAGCAAUCAUUGUGAUGUGUGUAGGCGAGUGCACAGGCUGCCUUCCCUUUUCCUUCGCCCGUUUCCUGUCCACAUAUGCCCUGCUGGCUGUGGGCAUGUAUCUGUCCGCCACUAUCAUCUGGCCCAUUUAUAAGUUUGAUGAUAAGCAUGGAGGCCACAGCCACAGGCCCAAUAUCUGUGGCUCCAGCAUCGGCCUGUGCCCAUGGGACAAGCUACUGGCCAUCUCUGUGCUCAGUGCUCUUAAUUUCAUUCUGUAUCUAACUGAUCUAAUCUAUUCAGCCAGGCUGGUGUUUGUUAGUGUUUAAGCAAGGUGUUUUAGAAGGAAUAAGGAAAGCAAAAAAUAAGUGGGUAGGAAGGAAGUGGAUGUGUAGUUUGGGGAGUGGUGAUGUUGAAAUGGUCAUGAACUAUGUUUGGUGUUGUUUUUCUAUAGCUUUGUUUUUAUUUCGUAAUCAUGCCCGUUAAGAUGGCAAAAAAGUUUAACCUUGUUCUUCAGUUUUAACUUGGAGCUUUUCAGUUUUCAUUUGCAUAUCAAAUGCAUUACAAAAUGCUUCAAUGUACUUGUAUGUUGCUUUGCAUGAAGGACUCAUUCAUUAUAACAGUGUUGAAUGUGUGUGCGUGAAUGUUAAAUUCCAAUCACCUCAAUAAUGUCCUUCAAUUCUUCCAGGUUUACUAGCACUAGUUAAAAACAAUUUGCUUCCACUAUAUAUCUGUGAUAUGAGACUUGAUAUAUUUCAGUACAUUACACUGCUUUUUGGUGAAUAUGUCAAUUCAUUAUAUUGAUGGGUUGAAAAGUGCAUAAUUGUCUUUUCUCCAUUUAUUCAUUCUUAAAAUAUAUUUUAUAUGACAUAGACACAUUGAAGAUGAAUAGAGAAGGGAAAUAUAAAUGUAUAUGUGGACAUAUAAUUUGAACAUUCAAGCCAUCUAUGGCAUGUGUGACAUUCUUAAUAUAUUGCCAUUCUUAUACAUAUUGUACUGGAUUCAUAUUGUUAUGUGUGCACAUGGUAUUUGCAAGUAUCUACAAAUGUUAUAGAUGUAUUUCCUCAUCAAUCUUUAUAAAACCUUUGCUGUGCUUUUGUUGACCAGAAGACUGUAUCAUUUACACAAACACCUCAUGAGAAAGAAAGCAAAUGAAAUGUUUGCUGUGCUGCCUGGGUCUCUGGAAUCUAUAUGUGCCUGUCACAGACUGUUACAGUCCUCAAUGCUUAUAUGAGAAUGUUGUCAUUGUGUUAUCAAAGAGUGAGAGAGCUAGUCUCUCUGUUCAUCCCUCUGUGCUGAGGGGAGAACAGCACACACCACAGUGUUGUGCGAAUGUGUAUUCUAGCUCUGAAUAAAAGUCAUA